CAGAACCUUGCAGGUCCCCCCUAGGCGAUAAAUGCCGCUUUAUAAAUGCCCGCGGGUGGAGGGUAGGUAGGCAGGUUCGGCGCAGAGAAGCCACUGUAGCAUAGCAAUCCCGUCGACUCCGGACUUCAAGCAGCACACCAUGUUCGCCUUCCUAUCCGUGCUGAUUGCAUGGGUACGCGCCAGGAUCGUAGCCAUCGUUCGGGCGCAGACGCUCGCCACGCUCUCGAAAUCCAUCAAGGUCGGAAACCUCGAAAUCGUUGAAGGGACGGAACGCUAUGCAUUCGGCCCUUCUUCUGGACCAGGCGCAAAGCCGCCCGUCGUCCUGACCAUUCUUAAUGACCACUUUUGGUUGCGUCUGAUUACCGCGACCGAUAUAGGAGUCGCGGAAGCGUACAUGGUGGGCGAAAUAUUCCUGAACGACCUCGAUGGCUUCAUGAUGCUUUUCCUCGACAACCGGCCUUAUAUGGAGAGUUCGAUGACAUGGGUGCAGAAAAUCGUGGAGGUACUCGACGGUUUGGUCCGAACAUUUGUCGGAACUACGCCUGCGCAGUCCAGGCUGAACGCCGUCGCCGGCUACGAUUGCAGCAAUACACUUUUCCAGGCCUUUUUGUCAAAAGAGAUGAUGUAUUCAUGCCCCUGGUGGGGCGAUGCCGAAGGCGGUAUCUCCGGCGACUUGGACCCUGCUUUCGGGGUCAAGCCUGGAGACCUGGAAGCUGCGCAGAUGCGCAAGAUCCACAAUGUCAUCGCCAAAGCACGGAUAGAAAAGGGCCACCGCGUUCUCGAAUUCGGCUCGGGUUGGGGCGGGUUCUGCAUAGAGGCUGCGCGUCUUACGGGAUGCAGUGUAGACACUGUCACACUGUCUAAGGAGCAGAAGAAGCUCGCGGAUGAACGCAUCGUUGCUGCCGGCUUGCAAGAUCGGGUCCGCGUCCACCUCAUGGACUACCGCUCUUUUCCCAAGACGUUCCCUGAGCUCAAGAACACUUUCGAUGCCUUUGUUUCAAUCGAAAUGUUGGAGCACGUCGGUCCCACGCACUAUGAGGACUUCUUCGCGUGUGUGCAGUGGGCGCUCAAGCCCGACGUCGCCACGGCUGUCGUCACGUCCACCACAAAGCCCGAGACUCGCUUCACUAUCAUUCAGCCGCACGAUUUCGCGCGCAAGUAUUUCUGGCCGAAUGGAAGUCUUCCCAGCGCAACGGCGCUCGUACAGGCUACGAACAAGGCGUCUAAGGGAACACUUGUAUUGCACGAAGUCAUGAACCAUGGACCUCACUAUGCCCGUGCACUGCGUGAAUGGGCUCGCCGCUUCGACGCCAACAUUACCACCGAGGUUAUCGAACAGAUCGAAGCGGACACGCCGGAGGUGAAGGUAACCGACCCCAAGCUCUGGCAGACCUUCAGGAGGAAGUGGAUGUGGCUCUUCGCGUACGCCAACGCCGGCUACGUCAAGGGGUACGUGACGUGCCAUAUGCUGACCUUCACUCGCGAGGAAAACCCGACCUCGUCGUGUUUCGAGCGGAUCGUAGACUAAUGCUGCGAUGCCUCGAUUCUUUGGAGGAGCGCCGCCGAUUAUGUCUUGGACACAUUAGCAUUUUCAUUUUCGUCACCUUUUUUGGGCGUUUCUCUUGCAUUAACUUAUUAUAUUCGGUACGUCUGGGGAGUCGUCAUCUUGCGCUCGAGAUGACCAUUACGCGGCUGUACCGAACCCCAGCCGGAUAGAUAGAAAC